AAAGACAUAGACUCCAUCAUUGUCCAGCCUGCAGAAAGUCACUCUUGUACAAUGAUAGGCUUUGGCUCUUUCAAGGUCUUUUUGUUACAUUUUUUUCUCCCUCUCCAGACCAUUCAAUAAACACGUUUUCCUCUCAUCCUUAGCCUUUCUAAUUCAUUCCAGUAUAGAGAUGAGCUCUUCCUAGUAUGGAGUACCAGUUUAUAACAAAGGGAUGGCUUAAAUUAGCAUAUCUUCAAUGUAGGCACUAAUAUUGUCAUAGGGAAAGUCAAAUUCUUUAUGAAAGUCCUUUCAUAGGUAUAUUCUUAUUGUGGGAGUGUGUUUCUGGAUGAGUGUGUUAUGUGUACAAGUAUGUGUAUGCUUGUGUGUGUGUGUGUGUGUGUGUGUGUGUGUGUGUGUGCGUGCGCGAGCAUGCGUGUGUGUGUGUAUGUGUGUGUGUAUAGAAGUCAAGAUAAUCAUUGGUUCCACUCUUCAGAUCCAUCUGUCUGUCUGUCUGUCUGUCCGUCCAUCAUUUCUGAGGCUUCUGAGGCAGUGUUGCUCUUCAGGCAGAAAGCCCUAGGCAUAUGCCUGCCUCCACUUUCUCAACACCAGGGAUUAGAAGAUUAGAAGUGUGUGCCACUAAGCCUAGGUUUUUUUUUUUUUUUUUUUUUUUUUUUAAAUGUGGAUUCUUGGAAUCAAACUAAAUUCCUCAGGCUUGGCUUGCAAGGCAAAUAUUUGGGCAACUGAACUAUGCCCCCACCCUUGCAUACACCUUAAUUCUCAAAUAACAUAUAGUUGUUUAAAAUUAGUUGUUGCUUGUGAAGGUGGAAUAUAUCUCUCACAAAAUUGCUUGCUUCUCCAAAAGAGAAUAUUAGAUGUAUUUAGGCAAUCUAAGAAUAUUGAAAGAGCACAAGAAAUGUAGGGAGCUAAAAACCUUCUAUAAGCAGACCAGGUGGUGCAGGCCUGUGAUUCCAACUGGUCAAGCAUUUGAGCCAGGAGGAUGACAAACUCAUGGACUAUGUGAGUUCAAGGCUAGCCUAGGCAAUUUAGUGAGAAUGUUUUCAAGUGAAAAAAGUGAGAGGGCUGGGUGCGUUGCUGUUGUAUGGUAUUUGAAAGGCCCUGGCUUCAGUCUCAAUACUGUUUGGAAAGAACUUAUUUGCAUCAGCAUAGUUUUUCUCCUAUUUCCUCCAUAUUUGCUGCUACCUGGUGUCCAGCAGCAUCCAUGUUACUUAAGAGUAUGGCAAGGAUUUGAAGGCUCCCAGCUGAACCAUUUAAGUAAUAUAGUUCAUAUAUUAUCUUUCCAAAUAAUCACUGUCACUUAUACUCUAAGAUUUCUAGUUACAAUGAAUUCUGAUAUCUGAGAGAUAGUCCUUUAGGUAAUAUGUGUCAGAAUUGUACUUUCCUGUGUGCUACAGAGAACUUGGGAAAUCAUCACAGUUACUGUUUCUUAUAGGAAAGGGCUAAAUAGUAAACUCACGAUGAGGCAGGAGGAUCACUAUUAUUUGAACAUAUGAAUUCGGUAGCAGCCUGCCCAUCGUAGUAAAACAUAAUCUUAAAAAAAAAUCCAAAAGAGAAUCUUCCUAAUGUUUAAGUGAAACCUGCCCUCACAUAAUCUUAGCUUAAAUUAUUGAUCUUUUAAAAAUCAAUGCAAAUGGAUGCUUUUUCGUUUUUUCUUCUUAAUAAAGAUUUAUUUAAAAUUUCAAUGUCACAGAUUGCUUUUAUUAUUUCUGUUUUAUUUUUCUUUUAUUAAAAACAGAUUUUUUUUUCUUUUUAAAUACAGUAUAUUCUGAUUAUGGCUUCUUCUUUCCCAACUCCUCCCAGUUCCUCCCCAGAUCCUUUCAGUCUCUCAUUAGGAAACAAAUAGGCAUCUAAGGAACAAUAAUAAAGUAAGCUAAGGUAAACCAAAGAAGUCAGGAUAAGACAAACAAGUAGAAGGAAACGAAUGAGUCAGAGAAAAAGCAGGAGAAACACAUAUAGAUGAAGGGUCACAGGAAUCACCUAAAAACACAAAACCAGAAACCAUAAUGGGACCACAAAGGACCUGUAAGGUUAAAAUAAAAAAUACCCGGACACAGUAUUAUGAGACGAAGAGCCUCCAGAGAUGUCACUGAAUUAAUUUUGUGUUGGCCUCUCCUGAUGGGCAUGUGACUAGAGGGAUUGAAGGACACAGAGGAAACAAAGCCUUCUAAACACAGACCUCGGAGGCACAUAUGAGUUCACAGAGACUGAAACAACAUGCACAGGGCCUUCCUGGAGCUGCACAAGACAGGGUCCUGGAGCUGAGAGAAGAAGUAGACACAUGCUUGAACCCUAACUGAAAGCCAGCUCGGGUUGAUAAUCACAUUCUGUCUUAAUGUAGCCGCUAUGCAGAGCCUUCUGUAAACUGAAGUGCAUUCUCUUCAGUAAACCCACUCAGCUUCUUACACUUUUCCUAAAUACCUAUCUUGUUUUCUGCCACCAGAACAUAACAUUUACAUACUGUCUUUCCUGGGAUGGGAUAGCUAGAAUGGGUUGCUGUCAUUCACACGUCGCUUCAACACAGAUUGCAGCAUAACAUCCUGUCUUCCCUAUAUCUGAUGAUAUAACCUGAAAUUACAGUGCUCCCAGGAAUCAUGCCUGACACAUACAGAACCUUUUGGCUAGAUCAGCUUUAGAGAACCCCUGCCUGCCUCUUUCCUAACUCUUUUUCUAACUCUUUCCUUCUCUAAGCACGACAUUUAUGUUCAUCUGUGUGAAAGUUGGGUUUCUUUACUCGUUACCUAACACAGUAUAAAACCCCUAAUAUUAUUAAAGAAUAAAUGAGUUCUGUUUAUAGUUACCAAACCAUUUAUGUCCAUUUCCUCAUGUUAAAGGCUGCAGUAACUUCACACCUUAAUUUUAAAGAGUAAAUGGAAUCAUUUAGGUGUUUGAAGAACUACUAUAUAUCAAGUUCUAGGAUCAUUAUCAGUAAUAAAAUCCUCCGAUGGUCUAGGACCUCAGCUAACCUAUUCUUUAGUUCAUAAUGCAGUAUUUCCUGUUUUUGUUAAAUAAACCAGGGAGCAUUAGCAGCCCAUUGUCUUCGUGCAAAUGUAUUAGUCACAGAGGACUGCAGUGUAGCACAUUAGCAGUGAAGGUAUAGUCCUCUCUGUUUGGAGUGCUGCUUUAUGAACUAUAGCAGGAAGCACGGUGUGAAAGCUUUGCCUGAGGAGAGGCACCGAGGCAUUUUCAGUCUGCACUCAAGGACUCCACCUCUGAAUCCUUGAACACUGCAAGGUUGAGGUCUGGCCUUUUCUUAAAAUAGGUUCAAGGAAAUGAAGUAAGCCCUAUUCACUCCGCUAUUAAAGUCCGCUCACUUUUCAAAUAAGUGCAUUUCUGAGGGCCGAGUGUCGGAAUUUCUGGUGACUCAUGGGCUUUGUUCCUGUUUCCCUGCUGCUCCACACCUUGUCAUCUCUAACCUUUUUCUUUUCAGUGCUGUGCAUGGGUGUGGAACAUAGUAAUUAUACGUUGGUUACUACAUUAAUUUCUUAGUGAUGAGUCACAUACAGUGUAAAUGGCUUGUUGUCAGGAAGUUUUAGUUAUUGAAGAGAGAAACCACAUAAAGAUUCCAUCAGAGGAUGUCUCCGAGUAUUGGACCAUCUUGAUGUGUAUUCCAUUAGAUAAUUCUGACACAGCCAGCCUCCAGGAGUUUUAAAACUUGCAUUUAAUUUAGAUUCAACUGAGAUGUGUAGUUAACAUUUUUUUAGGUGUCAGACAGUGUGUCUACUUUUGUAUUUUAUAUCAUAAUUAAGUUAUUUUAAAUAAUAAGUUUAAAGCACUGUUUUCUAGAUUAACUCUGUGCGCACUUCUAGUGGGAUAUGUAAAGAACUAAUCUGAAGUAUAAAUAGACUAUGUGAAAAUGUAGGAUUAAUAUAUAAAACAUUUAUCAGGAGGGAUCUGUUGGUUCAACCCUAUAAUUUCAAUUACUUGGGAACGCUAGUUGGCUGGUUCAACUCAGUUGUUCAAGCUCAAACUCCUCCCAAACUCUGACUGAUUAAAAUUGGCUUCCCUUGGCUUUUGACUGAAUUGCUCUGCUUGGAAAACCUACCUCUGAAUUCUAGGAACUGAACUGUACUGAGUGCACUGACUGCAGGAACUCAGCUGGGCUCGACUGCAUUGAACUGAACUGCAUGGAACCGAACCAAACUGAGUUCUCUCUGAACCUCUUAAGUAGCCCCUCUUCUCUGUCCUUGUUGUGCAUAUCCUAUCUCUGACACAUUCUGGCAAAUCUUCCUCUGAUUCCUCACUUUAUCUGCCCCUCAAUUAGAUGUCCCACUUUUAAACAUGACUACUUCCUACUUCCUCCAUUGUUAGGGAUUAAAGGUGUGUCUGCAUUCCUGCCAGAUCAUACAGACCUAGACAGUCUUUGGAUGUUGCCCCUUGCCAGAGCAGCUAUGUUGCUGGCUUAAAACUUCCUCUACAAGUAUUGAUGCUGAAACUUCCCGACCUAGACAGUCUUUGGAUGUUGCCCCUUGCCAGAGCAGCUAUGUUGCUGGCUUAAAACUUCCUCUACAAGUAUUGAUGCUGAAACUUCCCAUUUUUAGUAAGGCCAAUCAGCCACCUGGGUACCUGGAUCACCUGGUCUCUACUCCCAAGAACUGGGGUUCUAGGCAAGGCCAUGCUGGGGAUUCAAAUUAAUGCCCUCAUGCUUUCAUAGCAAGUUCUCUUAACCACUGCACCAUCUCCUCCACUCCAGAACUUAUGUUUUUAAAUGUCACUUAUUUGGGGAACAAUAAAAUAUUUGGAAUCAGAUUAUAGUUUCUGUUUUGUUUUUUUUUUUUUUUCAGUUUUCAAAGAAUAACUUCUUCAUUUCUCACUGUUAGAUCCCCAACUUCUAUAAUUUUUCCUCUGGCCUAAGAAGAGGGAAUGAAUCAAUGCAUAACUGUCAGGCAUGGUGGUAUUUGAAAACUAGACUCCUGUAGCUUUAUAGCCUUCUAACUUUGUGUCUUACAGACCUCUUCUAACAAAAGAUAAUUGUUAACAUUUUCUUGUAUCUUUUGGGCUCAUCUGUUUGGGAAACUUAAUGUGAGCCAUGGUUAGUAUUAAUAACCAAGUAAGUGGGCUGGAGAGAUAGCUCAGCGGUUAAGAGCACUGACUGUUCUUCCAGAGGUCCUGAGUUCAAGUCCCAGUAACCACAUGGUGGUUCACAACCAUCUGUAAUGAUAUUUGAUGCCCUCUUCUGGUGUGUCUGAAGACAGCUACAGUGUACUCAUAUAUAAUAAAUAAAUUAAUUUAAAAAAAUUAAAAAAACCAAGUAAGUUCUAAAUAUGAGUAAUAAAUACUGAUACGAAGAACAUACUAUUUUCCUCAAUUUUAUAGUAAUAGAAAUAGUAAAUAUGUUAGAAGGUAAAAGCAUGAAGGAAUUCAACAACAUUUCACUUAGUUGGGAUGCCUUUAGGUUAAGGAGGUUCAUGAACUCUAUAUUCUACUUCUUUAACAUUGUAACUAGAAUUUAAAAGUUCCUCACACAGCAGAAGGGUUUGUUUUGUUUUUAGAUCUGUUUAAUGCUACUGAGUGUAGAUGGCUAAGAGAUGGAGUAAAUAGAACACAAGUUAGGCUUUCUUACUUUUAGGCCACAUGGUUUACCUUUGCUCAUACAAAUCUGUACUAUAGGAUUUUAUUUUAUAACUAGUACCUGCCGUAAUUGUGUCAUUGUAUAAGAUAAUGUGGCUGAUUAACUUCCAAGUUGUCCAUACUGAGUCUUACGGUAUGAAUGUUGCAGGCAUGAAGCCAGACCCUGGAGCUGUCACGCCAACCCUCACACAGUACAGAGAGGCUUCCAUGCCUGAGGAUGUGUGAUUUUCUUACUUCAUCUUUCAGGUUUCCAGAUUAGGUUAGUUUCCUUCUUGAGAAAAGUGACACAUAUUUCCAGAGAGAGGCAACAGUAAGUGAGAAACCUUGCUAUUAUAGUGCAAGACACCAUCAAUAUGAGGCUACUGAAGUAUGAAGAUUCUUGAGUCAGUUACUUCUGUAUGGUGGUAAACGUAUGUGACAAGUUUACCAUUAAGUGUACAGUCCAGUAUUACUCAGACUAAUCAAAACUAAUCAAUCUCCCCCCCCCCCCCCCACACAAACACACAUCAUGCAAGCACUUGGCAAACACCUAUCUUGGCUGUCCCUAAGAUUUGGCUAGCUUAGAAACCCAGAGUCGAGUGGGUUACAACAUUUGUUUGUACACUACUGGCUUUUUCCACUUAGCCCUCCGUCUUCUACAUUGACUCUGCUGUAGUGUGCAUUCCCUUUCAAGGCUGAAUCAUGUUCCGUGGGAUGUGGUAGAUGCCAUUCAAUCUGUGCAUUUAUUGUUGAUUUUUGGUUGAAUUACUUAUUAUUGGUACCGUUUGCUUUUGAAUUAUAUCUGUUUCAGAACACUAUUUGAAAUUGCAGAAGAAUGCAAUCUGAAGGAUAAAACAUGGUCUUAACGGCGUCUCUUUCCACUCAAUAAAGAUUUGAUGCCGUCAUUCAGCACACUUGUGGGUGAGUGUGUAGUGCACAGUUCUUGAGUACAGACAUACUCGACGGACAUGGCAGCAGCCACCAUGUGCUUAGAGUGUGUAUGGGGAAGUAGAGGAGCUGCUUAAAUAGUAUCGUGACAAACUGUAAAAUCACAACUGCUCUGAGAUGGACUGUGUUGCGAUAACCCUGGAAGGACAUUGUACCUAUAUGCAUUUUGAAGUGGGGUGAGAAACAAAAGGCCCCCAUGCUUGUCCAGGGGGCAAGAGAAAUCCAAGAGAUCUAGAGUGAAUGUGAGCGUGGUAUGAGCGUGUAAAUCUUUUCGCAAAGUAUUUACGUGUGUAUUUGCAUGCAUGUGCCAUAGCUCAGAGAUGGAGGUGUGAGGCGCUGUUGUUCUCUCCUACUGUGGGUCUGGAGUCAGUAGGUCGUGAGGUGUGGCAGCAGGCAUCUUCCUGGCCAUCUCACCAGCCCAAAGGAUGUAAAUCUUGGAAGGCAGGUUGAUAGAGUUGCCGUCUGUCUUUUGGUUUGGUAAAAUGGUGCAUUUUAAUCUGGUUGAGGAACAUAGAAGAUAGAAGAUAGAUUGAAAUGAUGAGGCUUUGGUUUUCAGAGAGCUCAGGAAUGAAUACGGCAAAUGGGUUAAAUAUGUAGCAUAUACAUGAAUCCAGACUGUUGGUUUAAAGGCCAAAUACUGGAAGAGAUCAUUGCAGCAGAGAUGAAGAGAAACUUAGCUGAAGAGCAACCAAAACCAGCACGACGGGUAUCAGGAGGAAUGGGCGUUGAAUUUGCCCCAAACAUGUAUACCCUGUACCACAUCCAAGUGGCCUUUUAUCUGCAUAGCACACAGGAUGGGGAAUAGAGGAAGCCCGAGAUGAGUUCUUGCAAGAUUUGGUUAUGAGGUGUGCCUGUAGACAUAGGAGACUGUGUCAAAGGAGGAAUCUAGUUUGACUUUGCAUUUGAGAUAGGAGAGACAUGACGUUUAAAAGUUGACAGGGCAGAUGUCUGGCUGGGAGCAGUAUGCUGGAAUCUGUGCUGAUUAGAUAAUGAGUAAUAUAAGAAGUAAAGAAGUAGUGGGAGGCAGGGAGAAGAAACUCCCAUCACGACUGGAGAGAAUACUUGCCUUUUGUUACGGAGGGGAAGAAAGAGCAGGGUGGAUGCCGUCUUCAGAUAGACAAGAAACCCAGUAGGAUGCCCUGACAGUGCCAAAGGCCACUGUAAGAGAUGACAUGUUUUCCAUAACUGUUUUCUGUCCUCUCUUCCAUUUAAAAGUAUAGCUGGUUGUAAGAGCUGAUGGAAGUGCCGUUAUUCCUCGUCAGCUGUAAUGCAGCCUCCCAGGUAGACCUGUUUGCGUAGCUGAAAUUAAGACUGUGGGAGAAUAGCAUUUCUUCAUUUAAUUUCAGCUCCACCUCUAGAAGUUUGGUUUGUUUAAAAAAAAAAAAAACCCAGGUGGUUUAUUAUAAUAUUAUUGACACGACCAUAUGUGCAUCUGUGUGUGCAUGCAAAUGUGUGUGUGUGUGUGUGUGUGUGUGUGAAGAUCUCAUCUUCUAAAUUUAACAAAGCUUGCUAAUCGUGCAUUUUAUAAAUUUUUAAGACAUUCUUAUUUACUGUGGCACAAUAAUACUUUAGGGUGGGGUAGAGGUCACAUUGAUUCCUUUCUCCCCACCUUGGUGAAAAAAAAAAACAUAUUUUAGUUCAAAGCUAUUCAAGUAAGUCCUUGCUUCGUUUGCCCACCCCGUCUUCAGUGAUAUUAUUUGGAGUCAGCAAUCAAUGGAUUCCAUCCCUCUGAGACUUGCUUAACCUACAGACGCUGAUAUAAUACAGGCAAGAGCUUGUUACUUUAUCUGAAUUGUCCAUCGCUACCUUAAUGAGUGAAAUGGUUAAGUAGAGGAGGGGGCGAGCCUUAAGGAACGUGUGUACCGUUUGAGCUGAAUAUUUCAGCGUAUAUGGGGAGAGGGAGGGAGAGAGAGAAACCCACUUACAUCACUAGAACCACAUCGAGUGUGAGGCUUGCAGGUUAAGAGACAGACUACAGUGUCUUGCUUUCUGCGGGAAGCAGCAAUGCCGUUUGUUUCCUAAGAGGGAUUUUUUUAUUGAGAAAAGGAAGCUUUCUCUACCCAGGAAAUGGCUUUCCUUGUGCGUUGCUAUGCCAACUGCCUGCAGCCAUGGUCCUCCAAACUCCCUGCAGACUUCACAAAACUGCACCUCACUGACAGCCUGCACCCACAGGUGACCCACGUUUCCUCCAGCCAUUCAGGAUGUAGCAUCACUAGUGACUCUGGAAGCAGCAGUCUUUCUGACAUUUACCAGGCCACGGAGAGCGAGGCUGGUGACAUGGACCUAAGUGGACUGCCAGAGACGGCAGUUGACUCUGAGGAUGAUGACGAUGAGGAGGACAUCGAGAGAGCAUCAGACCCUCUGAUGAGCAGGGACAUCGUGAGGGACUGCCUGGAGAAGGACCCGAUAGACAGGACUGACGAUGACAUAGAACAACUCCUGGAAUUUAUGCAUCAGCUACCUGCCUUUGCCAACAUGACGAUGUCGGUGAGACGGGAGCUCUGUGCCGUGAUGGUCUUCGCAGUGGUGGAAAGAGCUGGAACCAUUGUGUUAAACGAUGGAGAAGAGCUGGAUUCCUGGUCAGUGAUUCUCAAUGGUUCGGUGGAGGUGACGUAUCCAGAUGGGAAAGCAGAAAUACUGUGCAUGGGAAACAGCUUUGGUGUUUCGCCCACCAUGGACAAAGAGUACAUGAAAGGAGUCAUGAGGACAAAGGUGGAUGACUGCCAGUUUGUCUGCAUUGCCCAGCAAGAUUACUGCCGUAUUUUGAACCAAGUAGAAAAGAACAUGCAAAAAGUUGAGGAAGAAGGAGAGAUUGUAAUGGUGAAGGAGCACCGAGAACUUGAUCGGACUGGAACAAGGAAGGGCCACAUCGUCAUCAAGGGCACCUCAGAGAGGCUAACCAUGCAUUUGGUGGAAGAGCAUUCUGUAGUGGACCCAACAUUCAUAGAAGACUUCCUGUUGACAUACCGGACUUUCCUUUCCAGCCCAAUGGAAGUGGGCAAGAAGUUAUUGGAGUGGUUCAAUGACCCGAGCCUCAGGGAUAAGGUGACACGGGUAGUAUUACUGUGGGUGAAUAAUCACUUCAAUGACUUUGAAGGAGAUCCUGCAAUGACUCGAUUUCUAGAAGAAUUUGAAAAUAAUCUGGAAAGAGAGAAAAUGGGUGGACAUCUAAGGCUGCUAAACAUUGCAUGUGCAGCGAAAGCCAAACGAAGGUCGAUGACGUUAACAAAGCCGUCCCGGGAGGCGCCUCUGCCCUUCAUCCUGCUGGGAGGCUCUGAAAAGGGCUUCGGCAUCUUUGUGGACAGUGUUGACUCAUCGAGCAAAGCCACUGAAGCAGGCUUGAAGCGUGGGGAUCAGAUAUUAGAAGUGAAUGGUCAAAAUUUUGAAAAUAUCCAACUUUCAAAGGCAAUGGAAAUUCUUAGAAAUAACACACACCUGUCCAUCACUGUGAAAACCAACUUAUUUGUAUUUAAAGAACUUCUGACGAGAUUGUCUGAAGAGAAAAGAAAUGGUGCCCCCCACCUUCCUAAAAUUGGAGACAUCAAGAAGGCCAGUCGCUACUCCAUACCGGAUCUUGCUGUAGAUGUAGAACAGGUGAUAGGCCUCGAGAAGGUCAACAAGAAAAGCAAAGCCAACACUGUGGGGGGAAGAAACAAGCUAAAGAAAAUACUCGACAAGACUCGGAUCAGUAUCUUACCUCAGAAACCAUACAAUGAUAUUGGGAUUGGUCAGUCUCAAGAUGAUAGCAUCGUAGGACUGAGGCAGACCAAGCACAUUCCAGCUGCCCUGCCUGUCAGUGGAACGCUGUCUUCCAGUAACCCUGACUUGCUGCAGUCACACCACCGGAUUCUGGACUUCAGCACUACUCCUGACUUGCCAGAUCAGGUACUGAGAGUUUUCAAGGCUGACCAGCAAAGCAGAUACAUCAUGAUCAGUAAGGACACCACAGCAAAGGAAGUGGUCAUCCAGGCCAUCAGAGAGUUUGCUGUUACUGCCACCCCAGAGCAGUAUUCCCUCUGUGAGGUCUCGGUCACGCCAGAGGGAGUUAUCAAACAACGAAGGCUCCCAGAUCAACUUUCCAAGCUUGCUGACAGAAUACAGCUGAGCGGGAGGUAUUAUCUGAAAAACAACAUGGAAACAGAAACGCUUUGCUCAGAUGAAGAUGCCCAGGAGCUGUUGCGAGAGAGCCAAAUUUCACUUCUUCAGCUCAGCACUGUGGAGGUCGCCACACAGCUCUCCAUGAGGAACUUUGAACUCUUCCGCAACAUUGAGCCUACUGAAUACAUAGAUGAUUUAUUUAAACUCAAAUCAAAAACCAGCUGUGCCAACCUAAAGAAAUUUGAGGAAGUCAUUAACCAGGAAACAUUUUGGGUGGCUUCUGAAAUUCUCCGAGAGACAAACCAGCUGAAGAGAAUGAAGAUCAUUAAGCAUUUCAUCAAGAUUGCCUUGCACUGUAGGGAAUGCAAGAAUUUUAACUCCAUGUUUGCAAUCAUCAGUGGCCUAAACCUGGCACCAGUGGCAAGACUACGGACCACCUGGGAAAAACUUCCCAAUAAAUAUGAAAAGCUCUUCCAGGACCUACAAGACCUGUUUGAUCCUUCCAGAAACAUGGCUAAGUAUCGCAAUGUCCUGAGUGGCCAGAACUUACAGCCUCCUGUCAUUCCCCUAUUCCCCGUCAUCAAGAAGGACCUCACGUUUCUCCAUGAGGGAAAUGACUCAAAAGUAGAUGGGCUGGUCAACUUUGAGAAGCUGAGGAUGAUUGCAAAGGAAAUCCGUCAUGUUGGCCGAAUGGCCUCAGUCAACAUGGACCCUGCCCUUAUGUUCAGAACUCGGAAGAAGAAGUGGCGGAGUCUGGGGUCGCUGAGUCAGGGCAGUGCGAAUGCCACAGUGCUGGAUGUUGCUCAGACAGGCGGGCAUAAAAAGCGGGUACGCCGUAGUUCCUUCCUCAAUGCCAAAAAGCUGUAUGAAGAUGCCCAAAUGGCUCGGAAAGUGAAGCAAUACCUGUCCAACCUGGAGCUGGAGAUGGACGAGGAGAGUCUUCAGACACUGUCACUUCAGUGUGAACCAGCAACCAGCACAUUGCCCAAGAACCCUGCAGACAGGAAGCCUGUCAAGUCCGAGACCUCCCCAGUGGCUCCACGUGCAGGGCCCCAGCAGAAAGCGCAGCCUCAGCAGCCGUUGGCACCCCCUCAACCAUCGCAUAAAGUCAGCCAGGGGCUGCAGGUGCCUGCUGUGUCCCUCUACCCCUCACGAAAGAAGGUGCCAGUGAAGGAUCUGCCGCCCUUUGGCAUAAACUCUCCACAAGCUUUAAAGAAAAUCCUGUCCUUGUCUGAAGAAGGGAGUUUGGAGCGUCAUAGGAAGCAAGCAGAAGACACAAUAUCAAACGCAUCCUCACAGCUCUCAUCACCCCCCACCUCACCUCAGAGCUCUCCAAGGAAAGGGUAUGCAUUGGCUCUCAGUGGGACUGUGGAUAAUUUCUCAGAUUCUGGUCACAGUGAGAUUUCUUCACGAUCCAGUAUUGUCAGCAAUUCUUCUUUUGACUCGGUGCCAGUCUCUCUGCAUGAUGAACGGCGCCAGAGGCAUUCUGUCAGCAUUGUGGAGAGCAACCUAGGGGUGGGCAGGAUGGAGCGGCGGACCCUGAUGGAGCCUGAUCAAUACAGCCUAGGAUCAUAUGCCCCAGUGUCUGAAAGUCGAGGCCUGUAUGCCGCAGCGACAGUCAUCUCUUCUCCUAGCACAGAGGAGCUUUCCCACGACCAAGGGGACCGUGCUUCUCUCGAUGCUGCUGACAGCGGUCGGGGGAGCUGGACAUCAUGCUCAAGUGGUUCUCAUGACAACAUACAGACCAUCCAGCACCAGAGAAGCUGGGAAACACUGCCAUUUGGGCACACUCACUUUGACUAUUCAGGGGAUGCGACAGGUAUAUGGGCCUCCGGCGGCCAUAUGGACCAAAUCAUGUUUUCUGAUCAUAGCACAAAAUAUAAUAGACAGAAUCAGAGUAGAGAGAGUCUUGAACAAGCCCAAUCCCGGGCAAGCUGGGCGUCUUCCACGGGCUACUGGGGAGAAGACUCAGAAGGCGACACGGGCACUAUCAAGCGAAGGGGUGGGAAGGAUGUCUCCACUGAGGCAGAGAGCAGCAGCAUGGUGCCUGUGACUACAGAGGAAGCUAAGCCUGUCCCUAUGCCUGCCCACAUAGCCGUGACGCCCAGCACUACCAAGGGACUCAUCGCACGAAAGGAAGGCAGGUACCGGGAGCCGCCUCCCACACCUCCAGGCUACGUGGGCAUUCCCAUUGCCGAUUUCCCAGAAGGGCCUUGCCACCCCGCCAGGAAGCCCCCGGAUUACAACGUGGCCCUGCAGCGGUCCCGCAUGGUGGCACGGCCCACUGAGGCCCCCGCACCAGGCCAGACGCCGCCGGCAGCCACAGCCAGCCGGCCGGGCAGCAAACCGCAGUGGCACAAGCCCAGCGACGCAGACCCACGCCUCGCGCCCUUCCAGCCGCAGGGCUUCGCCGGAGCGGAGGAGGACGAAGAUGAACAAGUGUCUGCUGUUUGAGGCACAGGCUCCUUGAGUGGGCUACCCAAAGGAGAGCACAAGAAGACGUCCCAAGCAUUGGAGCCUUGGCACGCACAUCUGAGGAUGGUGGACCAGUUUGCCUCCUUCCUUCCCUGCCUUAAAGCAGCAUGGGGCUUCUUCUCCCCUUCUUCCUUUCCCCUUUGCAUGUGAAGUACUGUGAAGAAACUGCCCUGGCACUUUGCAGACUUGUUGCUUGAAAUGCACAGCCCAGCAGUCUCUGAGCUGCUGCCUGCCACGUCACGCAGUAUCAUUCCAAAUUCCAAGAUCGUCACAAGGCGACUCCCUCUGGCGGCACUUCUCCAUGCCUGGAAGGAGUUUCCAGUCUUCCUCUUAGAUUUCAGUCCAGUCCUAGACCUCGAUCUCAUUCGGAAGAUGAGAAAAGCUAGCCUUUGAACUACUUGGGGUCUCGAACCCACCAAGGAAGACAAAGACAGAUAAGAAAUCCUUAGAGUACAGUGCUUGUCCACUUGUUUACAAUAUCCUUUAAAAAAAUAAGUUUAAAGAUUGUGUUCAGAGAGUAAAUGUUAUAUCCAUUUAAUGAUUACAGUAUUAUUUUGAACCUUAAGUAGGAUUGCCAGCCUGAGUUUCUGAAAAACCAAAUAUGCCGGACAGGGUUUGGCCGCACCAAGGGAAGACCUGGGCAGUGACCCUGUCUUCCCAUGUCCUUCUGGCCUUGCCCGUGAAGUGCCCUAUCCCAGAAGCAUCAAACGUUAGCCAAUUACUUAAAUACCAAGACUCCUCACCUGCUCCUUCCCCAGUGGGCGAGGCUCUAAUGUAAAACUGUUUGCACAUGGCCAGGUCGGGAACUAGGACUCGUGUGGCCUGUCUGAGCCUUAUGAGGCAGGAUGGCGUUAUUUGAGAGUGUGUCCUGCUCAAUUACAAUGGAUGGCAACCCCUGUUUUUAAGUUAUGGGUUUUUUUUUUUUUGUUUUUGUUUUUGUUUUUUGUUUUUUUUUUCAAGUUUUGUUAAUUUAGGGUUUUAGAGCUUUUUGUUUUUAUUUUUUAAAAGAAACAUUUAUAACUGGAUAGCAUUGCAGUGAAGCAGCUUGGGGUGUUGGGAAAAAUGCCAGCUGUUUGUACUGCUCUUUCAAGACAGCCUCCCCUUGUUGGAUUGGCACCAGAGUGUCUUUAAACAUGGUUAAAGGUCACAAACAUGGUUAAGUACACCAGCCUUUACAAAGUGGGUCAGUCACGAAGACUGACCCGUGAGUGGCUUUGUGGACGCUGCCUGUGGAGGAGGCGAAAGUGUACACCAGUCUGCUCAUAGCUGCUAUUAGCCCUAGAAUGACUGAAAACGACCCCGCCUUUCUAUUUUUGUGUUGUUUUUGCACAGACUCCGGAAAAGUGAAGGCUGCCAAUCCGAGUAGUACUCAGAUGUGAGGGGCUGCUGAUCUUGGAUUUUUUUCCAUUAAAUUCAGCUGAUCAUAUUGAUCAGUAGAUAAACGUAAAUAGCUUCAAAUUUUAAAGGUCGAAUUGCAGUGUUUUUUCACUGUGUCAAACAAUGUCAGUGCUUUAUUUAAUAAUUCUCUUCUAUGUCAUGGCGUUCGUCUACUUAUGUAUCACAUUGUCACUUCCGCAUUUGUAAUUUUACAUGUAAUAUGCAUUAUUGCCAGUUUUACUCUAUAGGCUAUGGACCUCAUGUGCAUAUAGAAAGACAAAACUCUAGCUCUACCACAAAUUGCACAGAUGUUAUCUAAACAUUAAGUAAUUGUAGAACAUAGGACUGCUAAUCUCAGUUCGCUCUGUGAUGUCAAGUGCAGAAUGUAAAAUUAACUGGUGAUUUCCUCAUACUUUUGAUACCACUUGUACCUGUAUGUCUUUUAGAAAGACAUUGGUGGAGUCUGUAUCCCUUUUGUAUUUUUAAUACAAUAAUUGUACAUAUUGGUUCUAUUUUUGUUGAAGAUGGUAGAAAUGUACUAUGUUUAUGCUUCUACAUCCAGUUUGUACAAGCUGGAAAAUAAAUAAAUAUAAGAUAAA